UAUACAUAAUAACCUUAAAUUUUUCUUACCACACUUAUGUGACGUAUACUAUAUGUGAUCUGUCAUAAAUUAAGAGGUAUCUAUCUGUUCUAAUGAUUAUGAAAAUAGUUAAUUGCAAUGAGUGAAAAAAAUACUAAUUCAGCUUUGGUUAGACGAGUUAAUAAAUUACUCGAAUCAAGAGUAGAACAUGACAAGGAUACAUUGGAAGCUUUGAAAGAAUUGUCAACAUUUUUUACGGAAAACACAUUAAAUGCUCGUCGUAAUUUAAGAAGUAAAAUAGAAAGAAGAAGUCUUGCCAUUAAUGAAGACUUUUUAUCAUCUUUUAGAGAAGUUAAAGCUUGUUUAGAUAAUAUAUAUCAAGAUGUAUUAGCGAUGAAUACUUCAGUUCAAUGUAUGACCAAUCGCUUACAAGUUACAAAAACUAAAACUUCCCAACUAAUUGAACAAACAACAAAACUUCAAAAUGAAAGUCAAGUAUUAUCGAUGCAACAAGAAGUUGCAAAUGCAUUUAUCAAGAAUCUUCAAUUAUCUCAAUCGGAGAUAACAAGUUUGCAUGGAUCACAUAGAGAGUCUCCUAUAACUGAAGAAUUUUUUACUAUUCUUAGCCGAGUACAGGAAAUACAUAGCAACUGUAGAAUAUUGAUGCAAUCUGGUUAUCAAACGCUGGCAUUAGAUAUAAUGCAAAGAAUGACACUUCUUCAAGAAGCCGCUUUGGAGAGGUUAUACAGGUGGACGCAGAGUCAAUGUAAAUAUAUAGAAGACGAACAACUAGCACCUUUACUUGUUAAAGCGAUGAGUAAAUUGCAAGAUAGACCUAUUUUAUUCAAGUAUAUUUUAGAUGAAUAUUGCGCUAAUAGAAGAACAGCUCUUGUAGGUUCUUUUAUCGACGCAUUAACAUUAGGUGAAUCCAUCGGUGGAACACCAAAUCCUAUAGAAAUGCACGCUCAUGAUCAUAAAAGAUAUGUUGGCGACAUGCUUGCUUGGUUGCAUCAAGCGAUUCCUAUUGAAAAAGAGAACAUAUUGAUUUUAGUUAAAGAUUGUGAUAAAACUGAUGUAUCUGAUCAAAUUAAGCAAUGUCUAAGUAAUAUUACGGAAGGACUUUGUCAUCCACUACAAUCAAGAAUAGAACACAUAGUUUCCGUUGAAGCUCCAGCUACUGUCUUAUAUUCUGUUACAACUCUAAUAAGAUUUUAUCGUGCUAUAAUUCAGCAAGUUAUACCAGAUAGCAAUUUAGAUUCAACUUUAUAUGAUUUGUUAGUAUUAAGCGAGAAAAGUUUUCUCAGUAGAUUACAAAGAGAAACUAGAAUAGCUCUUGGAGAACGAGCUGAACCACCAGGGAAUGACUUAGUACCGGCUCCAUCCGUUUCAAGAUUGUUAUACCUCUUGAAUGAAAUUCUAUCCGUGGCUAGCAUAGCCGAAGAUAGAGAAAAAGAUAUGCUUCAAAUAGUAUCGUGUAUCAUUGAUCCAUUAUUACAAGAAGUCAACGAAACAGCUUCGAGAUUACCUACGGUUGAUAUGGCUGUGUAUCUUCUUAAUUGUAUGCAUCAAAUACAAUCAACAUUAGGAUUAUAUGAAUAUAUGGAUCAAAGAUUAGAACGAUUGCAGGCUCAGUCGGAUGCUCAAAUUGAUACGCUUACAUCGGAACAAGCUAGCUCUUUAGUUGCAAACUUAAAUCUCGGAUCAAUUUAUACUAUUUUACAAGGACGUGAACAGGGUCCUCUUUCUGAUAUUCCUGGAAUGGAUCCAUUAAGUGUUAAAGAAUUCACGAACAAAUUGGAAGCAUUUUUAGUAAUGCCAGAUGUAUUAUUAUUACCUCAAAUAAAUUUACUACAAAGCAACAAUCAUCGCGAGGUUACCAAGAAACGUUCAUUCGAAGUAAUCGGAGCUAUUUACAAACAACUUUACGAAGCUUGUCACGAUCCGAAAAAUUUAUAUAAAAAUCCGACUGGUUUAUUUACGAAAUCACCGGAUGAACUUUUACAAAUAUUAGUUUCCCAAUGAUUGUGACCUUCGAGAAUGAAUAUAUUUAAUAAAAAUGUAAAUAAUCAAUUUAUAAUUAUUAAUAUAAUUUAUAUUAUUCUAAUAACCGUAUAAAACUAUACUAAGGUAAAAGAAUGAUUAAAAAUUGGAUAACAAUAUUUUUUAAAAGUCUAUACUGAGGUCCGUUCGAUUGUAUAUUUGUAAUUGGACGAAACUUUUAGUCCUCUCGAGUUGCGAAGUUGCUAUUGGGUCGUUAGGGUAUACUCUCAAGAUUUAAUAGAGGUAUAAAUUGACGUGUGAUUCGUUUCGUGAGGCCCGUACAGGCCCGUGGCAAAAAUCGAUGGCUCAUUUGAACCACCAGGAAAUCUGUUUAGAAAUAUGCAGGAGCAUAAAAUAAUAACAUUCAGCACUAUGCCGUCACUUGUAAGCUGUCCAACUGAGUGCAAGUGAGAAUAGGAGCUAUACUUAUUUUAUACUUCACAGUGACUCGAAAAGAAGAUUGUACAUCUGGUCUUAAGUAAUAUACCAAAUCAUUCGCAUUAUCUUCCAUAUUUGACACAAAGUCACUCAAACAAUAUUGUCUUCCUCUUUGAAGUGCUUUCGGUUUCCACAAUUCGGAAGCUAUUCAUCAUCGUCAGAUAAAGUAGCAUUCAAAUCUAAAGUAUCAAUAGGACGGGUAGUGAUAUAAUUAUACAUGAUAGCAUAGCAAAAAGAACGAGGGAUAGCUUGGGAUGGAAAAUUUGCCCAGUUUGUAGUAGGAAAAGUGCAGGAUGUUGAACUUGGUAUAGUUGGAUUGAGUAAUUUCAUGCGUUGCUGUUUAUCCGCUAGACAUUUACCACCAUCAAUUCCAAUGAACAUUUUUUUAUUAUUACCACUUGCAAUGCAUUCUUCGAUUCUUAAAUAUACAAAAAAAAAACAAUAACAAAAUUUAUUAAAAAUAAUAAAAAAUUUUAAAUUGUUGUUUAAUAACACAAUGACAUAUGCGAUAAAAUUUAUGAACUAACUAACCUUUCAACUAGGACAUUUUUAUUACCUGACACGGUUAAGCCACGACAUGCAGGCCAUCGUUUUAAGUCCCUGACAAGAUGAUCUUGCACUUUUGCAAAUUUCAAUUUCGCCUCAGGUACAUCAUCUUCCGUUAAUUCCGUAAUAAUUCUAUACGUUUAACGUUGUUGUCAAUAGAGAAUUCAAAACAUAUGUACCCCCACUGGUGCUGCCUCUAGCGGAUCUUUUUUUAAUCUUCCCAGCAAAAAGGCUCAUUCAUUAUUCCGCAACGCCGUAUAAAAAUCAUGCGACAAGGGUGAAAAAUCGAGGGUUGCAACCUCCCCCUCUUCAGUGGUCCUGGGAGCUCGAUCAUGUCGGAACCCGAUGAGAUGGCAAAUUUUAGUGAAAAUGAAAGGAUUGUUGAAGAAAAUGAGCAAGUGUGUUUUAUUUGUGGUUUAACGGGUGAUCCGAUUGACAAUAAAAUAAAAUGUUUAACAAGCGCAAUUUUAAAAAAUUGUAUAAAAGCGAUGGAGGUUAGGAAAAAGCAGCAACCUAACACCUCCAGAAGAUCCAUGGAUGUUUCUUCAAUCGAAUUGCCCAAAGAUCUUGAGGAGAAAGGAUAUCAUCAAAAAUGUUAUAAACAACUAACGAACUUAUCUGGAAAACGCAAAAUUGAAGAAGUUGUUGAUCUCGACGCCAAUGAGGAUUCACUCGAUAAUAAGAGAAGAGAAAAUAACGAAGAACAUGAAGAGCACGUAUCUUUUGAACAUGGUGCAAGUGUUUGUGUAUUUUGUACAAAAGUUCGCAAAAUACAUCACCGCCAGUUCAUGAAACCGGCGAGAUUAUAAAAUUGGGAACUUUCGUUGGGCAUUGAAUUAAAAGCUACUGAUUGCAUUUGUCAUUUCCAUUUUAAAGAGGAACAAAUAAAAAUGUACGAGAAAUUUUACAUAAAAGGAGAGCUGAAGAUUAUGCCUACAGGAAGAAAAAUGCUUAAAGAAGAAGCUUUACCAACGAUCCAGCAUUUGUUUAUUCCGAUACUUGAACAUGAGUUUCUUACAAGUAUUGUAGAUGAACUGGAAAAGCCAAGCUUACAUUCAAAUAACUCUGAAGACGAACAGCUGUUUCAAAUGCAAGAAAACAACAUCGAGCCACAGAAAAUAUUACCAUAUGAAGAUGUUUUUAACAAUCUAAUAGGUGUUGGUGUUCAAAGUGAACAAGAUUUGAUAGAACCACCUUUCAGUCAACACGCAUCUAAGGAUUCGAAGAAUCUACAAGAAAUCAAAGCUCCAAAAUUGCCGCUGUUUUGGCUGUAUGUACCCAAGCCCAAUAGAUUUGUAUUUAUGCGAAUGGAUCCAACAACUCAGCAGAUCAAAAUUCGGUUACGCUUAAACGAGAAUAUAUCUAUUACUGUUAUUUAUCCUAACAAUGAAAAACUGCCUCUAAACGAGAAAAUUAAUUCAUCAAGUAGUGUCUAUGAUUACUUGAAAUCAGUGGAAAGAUGGCCUUUAUGCGUUGGCACUCCGAUUGACAGUACUAAGUAAAGGUAUUGAAAACUUUGUAAAAAUGUGAUUGUUGGUGAUGACACUUAUAAAAGAAACCAAGUUAAUCCAGGAUGUAAAUCCUGUCAAAUGUUACGGAAUCGACUACAGAGUCGAAAUUCGACUUCAAAUAAUUUGGAAACAACUGCUACAAAAAGACGUGCUUCAAAUCUGAUUAAACAGUGCAAACGUCUUAAAAGAAUGAUUUAUUAAUUUAACAAUUGAAAUCGUUUCUGAUUGUACGUUAAUCAGUUCUAUAAUAAAUAUUGUGUUGAAGAAGUCAUAAUGCUUACAUAAUUCAACGAAGAAUGACACCAAAGGGUUAUAAACUUUAGAAAAUUCAACUAGUGUGCUAUGAAGUCAAAUGCUGCACAGUACAAGAAGCAAUCAUGAAGUUGCCGACAGAAUUCCAAAGUAAAUUCGUGCUUUGAAGCUGCGAAAAAAAAGGAUGCUAAAGGUCGACGAUUUACCUUAGAGUGGAUAUACGAAUGUAUAUUGAUUCAUUUAAAAAGCAAAACCACGUAUCAAUUCUUACGUCACAGAAAUAUUUUACCUCUUCCCUCUAUCACUACAUUAAAUAAAUUUAUUCGGAAAAUUAGCUGUUCUGCUUACGGCAUUCAACCUACUACUUUCUUUAUCUUAAAAGAAAGAUGUGAAACAAUGGAGAAAGGAGAAAAACAAGGAGUUAUUUUGGUUGACGAGAUGAAAUUGAGCGAAGGUGUUUCUUUUGAUUAACAAUCAAUGAAAUUUUCUGGUUUUGUUAAACCUCGGAAAGCACACCCCGGAGGAUUUAAAAAAUAAAACGAAUAACCAUGCUUUAGUCUUCAAAUUUGUACCAUUUAAAGGUAGAUGGGUUCAAACAUUGGGUUGCUUUCUCUCACAGAAUGCUAGCAAAAGCAAACCAUUACAUAAACCCAUCGUCGAAUGUAUUAUACUGAUGGAAAAUAGGGGGAUCAAUGUUGACGUUGUUGUUAUGGAUGGUGCAUUUUGGAAUAGAGGUGUAUGGAAACUAUUUGAUGUAGACGAAAAUA